AUGGAAUCUGCAAGGAAGAACUCGACGCAGUCCAGAAUUUCACAAAAGAAAACCACAUUUUUCUUAACGUCGACAGAAGAAACUAAAAGCCCUAGCAACGAGCCAAAACAACUUCACGAACAAGGGAACAGGAAAGGAAAGUUCGCAUCAGUAGCGAAAACAGUUCUUCUUGCAAACAGAGCGUUCCCUCAAACCACAAGGAAAGCAAGUCGUACAGGAAGUUCCAUCUCGAUUCCCGCCCCGCAAGAAUCGACUUUAGCUUCUUCAAAGUUCGCAACAACAGCAUCCGCUCCGUCGACUGUCGAUGAUAAUUUGUCUCUGUACGCUAUCGAAGACGUCAGCCAGAUGGAGAACACUUAUAAAAUGGAACCAGACGAUGGCUUUUUGUCGCAGAAAGCGAGCGGGAUUAUUCGCGAUGUAUUGGAGGCUCGCUUGAAAAGUAAAACAUACGCCGCGGAAGAGAGCAAGAAGUUGUCGAUUGAUAUCAGUGAAGAGAUAAAGAAAAAAGUGAAAGCAGAGGUCCCGGUUGAGCGGUAUAAGUUUGUUUGUGUGGUUUGGAUUGGUCAAGUUCUUGGACAAGGGGUACAUAUUACCAGUAGAUGUUUGUGGAAUGCGCGCUUUGAUAACUUCGCGCAAGAAAGUUUCAAAAAUGAUCAGCUUUUUGCGCAAGCUUCAAUAUAUGCAGUUUUUGUGGAAUAA